UAAUGAUACUGGCGCUUCUUCGUCUGUGGCAACCAGGGCCACCCUUCUGUCAGGUCGGGAGGACACGGGCAGGUGUGAGAGACAGAGAAAGUCAGGAAACUAUCCCGUCCUCAACAUUGCAGUUAAUUACAACUGUCUGUCCUAAGGGAUAAAACGCAUUUGAGUUUCGGGGGAACAGAAAGUAACGGCACAAUGAUGAUGACCCACGUGGAGACCACCGUGCACUAUGAUAACGGCUACGAGGAUGAGUACAUGAUACAGGAGGAUGAGUGGGACAGGGACAUGCUGCUGGACCCCGCCUGGGAGCAACAGCAGAGGAAAACCUUUACAGCCUGGUGUAACUCCCACCUGAGGAAAGCUGGUACUCAAAUUGAAAAUAUUGAAGAUGACUUCAGGAAUGGACUAAAGCUCAUGCUGCUCCUGGAAGUUAUCUCAGGAGAGAGGUUAUCCAAGCCAGACAGAGGGAAGAUGCGGUUUCAUAAGAUUGCCAAUGUCAACAAGGCACUGGACUUCAUCACAAGCAAAGGAGUAAAACUGGUCUCUAUUGGAGCUGAAGAGAUUGUGGAUGGUAAUGUAAAAAUGACUCUUGGAAUGAUCUGGACUAUCAUCCUCCGCUUCGCCAUUCAGGACAUUUCUGUGGAAGAAACAUCUGCCAAGGAAGGUCUUCUUCUGUGGUGUCAGAGAAAGACUGCCCCUUACAGGAAUGUCAAUGUCCAAAAUUUCCAUAUCAGCUGGAAGGAUGGCCUGGCUUUCGCUGCCCUGAUUCAUAGACACAGACCAGACCUCCUCGACUACUCUAAGCUCAACAAGGAUGAUCCUCUGCGGAACCUAAACCUGGCUUUUGACAUAGCUGAGAAACACCUGGACAUUCCCAAAAUGCUGGACGCAGAAGAUAUCAUCAACACCCCCAAGCCUGAUGAAAGAGCCAUCAUGACCUAUGUGUCUUGCUUUUACCAUGCUUUCGCUGGAGCUGAGCAGGCAGAGACAGCUGCCAACAGGAUCUGUAAGGUGCUUGGUGUAAACCAGGAGAAUGAGAAACUGAUGGAGGAGUAUGAGAGACUUGCCAGUGAGCUGCUGGAGUGGAUCCGCCGCACCACUCCCUGGCUGGAAAAUCGAACUCCAGAGAAGACCGUGGCAGAGAUGCAACGGAAGCUGGAGGAUUUCAGGGACUACAGGCGCCAGCAUAAGCCCCCUAAGGUUCAGGAGAAGUGCCAGCUGGAAAUUAACUUCAACACCCUGCAGACCAAGUUGCGCAUUAGUAAUCGCCCUGCUUUUAUGCCUUCUGAGGGGAAGAUGGUAUCUGACAUAGCUAGUGCAUGGCAGGGCCUGGAGCAGGCAGAGAAAGGCUUCGAGGAAUGGCUCCUGACAGAGAUCCGUAGGCUCGAGAGGCUGGACCACCUGGCAGAAAAGUUUCGCCAAAAAGCCACCAAUCAUGAGAACUGGACCAGCGGUAAAGAAGUGAUGCUCUCCCUGAAGGACUAUGAAACAGCCACCCUGACAGAAAUCAGAGCGUUGCUUCGAAAACACGAGGCCUUUGAGAGUGACUUGGCAGCCCACCAGGACAGAGUGGAGCAGAUUGCUGCCAUUGCACAGGAACUAAAUGAACUGGACUACCAUGACGUGGCUGCUGUGAACCAGCGUUGCCAGAGCAUCUGUGACUUGUGGGACAAGCUGGGAACCCUUACUCAGAACAGCAGAGAGGCACUGGAGCGGACAGAAAAGCUGCUGGAGACUAUUGAUCAGCUGUUCCUGGAAUUUGCCAAGAGGUCAGCUCCAUUCAACAACUGGAUGGAAGGAGCCAUGGAGGAUCUGCAGGACAUGUUCAUAGUGCAUACUGUUGACGAGGUCCAGAGUCUAGUUGCAGCACAUGAGCAGUUCAAGGCUACUCUCCCCGAGGCAGACGCAGAGAGACAGGCCAUCUUGGGAAUCCACAGUGAGGUGCAGAAAAUAUCCCAGAGCUAUGGGAUCAGGGCCAGCAUUAUCAACCCCUACAGCACCAUCACAACUGAACAGCUUCUCAACAAGUGGGAAAAGGUGAAGAAGCUGGUUCCUCAGAGAGACAGUGCCCUCCAGGAGGAAAUGGCACGGCAGCAUGCCCAUGAAAGGCUGAGACGCCAGUUUGCUGCCCAGGCUAAUCUCAUUGGACCCUGGAUACAGGCCAGAAUGGAGGAAAUUACGCGCUGCUCCCUGGAGAUAGGAGGCACCUUGGAGGAUCAGAUGACUCAGCUAAAGCAAUGUGAGCACAUCAUUGUUACUUACAAGCCCAACAUCGACAAAUUGGAGGGAGACCACCAACUAAUCCAAGAGUCCCUGGUGUUUGAUAACAAACACACCAACUACACUAUGGAGCAUAUCCGUGUUGGAUGGGAGCUGCUCCUUACAACCAUCGCCCGAACCAUCAAUGAGAUUGAGACCCAGAUCCUGACCCGGGAUGCCAAGGGCAUCAGCCAGCAACAGAUGAAUGAGUUCAGAUCCUCUUUCACCCACUUUGAUCGGAAGAAGAAUGGAGCAAUGGAAACUGAUGACUUCAGAGCCUGCCUCAUCUCUAUGGGCUAUGACUUGGGAGAGGUGGAGUUUGCCCGUAUAAUGAUGCUGGUGGAUCCCAAUGGUACUGGAACCGUCUCCUUCCAGUCUUUCAUUGACUUUAUGACCAGAGAGACUGCCGAUACAGACACUGCUGAGCAGGUUGUGGCAUCCUUCCGGAUCCUGGCAGCUGAGAAGCCCUACAUACUAGUGGAGGAGCUGAGGAGAGAACUUCCCCCUGAACAAGCAGAGUAUUGCAUCACGAGGAUGCCAGCUUACACCGGCCAUGGAGCACCACCUGGGGCGCUGGAUUACACUGCCUUCUCCACUGCCCUCUAUGGAGAGAGCGACCUUUAAUCUGAGUAGAAAACCUUUCGUCUGCUGACCGCUUAUCUAUCCACCCCCACUCUCCCCUUCAUUUUUUCUUAUGUCACCUUGGAUAAAGGAUGGCCCCUAAACAAAUAGAAAUUGUCAUGUUGGAGUUGUAUUGUAACACACAGUGCAUUGUACAUUAUAUCUUGUGCGUUAUGGUAUUUGUGCAUACAUCGUCAAAAUUACAGAUCACUUGGUAAUGCACUUAAAACAGGAUCAUGCUGUUACAUCAGUUGAAGAAAUUAGAUAUAAAAGUCCCGUUUCAUAUAACACUGUCAUGUACUGCUUUUAUAUUUGCACACGGUGCCUUUGUUUUGACAAAAUAAUCUUCUGAUACUUUGAGAUGCUUAAAUUUGAGCUUGAAAGGUCAAUUUCAGGCCUACUGCCGUUCAGCGUUCUUGAUUUAACAUCCACAAGUUGAGAAUCAUUCAAGACAGCUAAACUAUUGUGGAGGAUAGUGAAAUAAUGGAAUUUUUUGUGAAGAGGAACAUUGGCCACUUUAUUCAAACACGAGGCACUGGAGCACACUAUCAAUUUAAUACUUUAUUAAGAUGCAUGCAAUACCCUUUAAAAGAAAAGUUUAUUUUUACUGUAACAAAUGAGCAUUGCUUUAGUCAUCACUGAUCUCUGUAGGUCCAAUAGAUGUUCUCAUUUUUGGUCAAAAACUGUUUUGUUGUACUUUGGUAGGUAAAUAAGACAUUCAGGCAGUACUGACACCUCGAAGAAAUUUGGUGACUGUUAUCAACCAGUUCAAUAAACUUUGUUCUUGAGGGUACUGGAUUAAUUAAAUAAACCAUUUGUGAUCAAUUCAAACAUUUAUGUCAACCUGAUAUGUCA